GACGGCCCGGGGAGCGGAGCGGAGCCUGCGACCCACAAAGCCGCCGCCGCCGCGAUGGUGCUGUGAGGCGACCGCCCGCGCUCGGUCCUCCGCCGGCCCGCGACUAUGCCCGGCCGCGCCCGCCCUCCGCGCCCUCCCGCCGCAGGACCAUGAGGCCACGCUCGGGCGGGCGCCCAGGGGCCCCGGGCCGCCGCCGCCGCCGCCUCCGCCGCGGCCCCCGCGCUCGUCGCCUGCCGCCGCCGCCGCCGCUGCCGCUGCUUCUCGGGUUGCUGCUGGCGGCCGCGGGGCCCGGCGCGGUGCGGGCCAAGGAGACGGCGUUCGUGGAGGUGGUGCUGUUCGAGUCAAGCCCGAGCGGCGACUACACCACCCACACCACCGGCCUCACGGGCCGCUUCUCGCGGGCCGGGGCCAUGCUCAGCGCCGAGGGCGAGAUCGUGCAGAUGCACCCACUGGGCCUGUGUAAUAACAAUGAUGAAGAAGACUUGUAUGAAUAUGGCUGGGUAGGAGUGGUGAAGCUCGAACAGCCAGAAUUGGAUCCCAAACCUUGUCUCACUGUCCUGGGCAAGGCCAAGAGAGCAGUUCAACGAGGAGCCACUGCAGUUAUCUUUGAUGUAUCUGAAAACCCAGAAGCCAUUGACCAGCUAAACCAAGGCUCAGAAGACCCUCUGAAGAGGCCAGUAGUGUAUGUGAAGGGUGCAGAUGCCAUUAAGCUGAUGAACAUUGUCAACAAACAGAAAGUGGCUCGAGCAAGGAUCCAGCAUCUUCCUCCUCGACAACCCACUGAGUACUUUGACAUGGGGAUUUUCCUGGCUUUCUUCGUCGUGGUCUCCUUGGUCUGCCUCAUUCUCCUUGUCAAAAUCAAGCUGAAGCAGCGUCGUAGUCAGAAUUCCAUGAACAGGCUGGCUGUGCAGGCUCUGGAGAAGAUGGAAACCAGAAAAUUCAACUCCAAGAGCAAGGGUCGCCGGGAAGGAAGCUGCGGGGCUCUGGAUACACUUAGUAGCGGCUCCACGUCCGACUGUGCCAUCUGUCUGGAGAAGUACAUUGAUGGAGAGGAGCUUCGGGUCAUCCCCUGUACCCAUCGGUUCCACAGGAAGUGUGUGGAUCCAUGGCUGCUGCAGCACCACACCUGUCCCCACUGUCGGCACAAUAUCAUAGAACAAAAGGGGAAUCCAGGUGCUGUUUGUGUGGAGACUGGCAACCUCACACGUGGUCGACAGCCAAGAGUGACCCUACCAGUACAUUACCCAGGCCGUGUGCAUAGGACCAAUGCCAUUCCAGCCUACCCUACCAGGACAAGUAUGGACUCCCAUGGCAACCCUGUCACCCUUCUGACCAUGGACCGGCAUGGGGAACAGAGCCUGUAUUCUCCACAGACUCCCACCUACAUCCGUGGCUACCCACCCCUACACCUGGACCACACUCUGGCCCCUCACCGCUGCAGCCUGGAACACCGGGCCUACUCACCAGCCCAUCCCUUCCGCAGGCCCAAGUUCAGCAGCCGCAGCUUCUCCAAGGCAGCUUGUUUCUCCCAGUAUGAGACCAUGUACCAACACUACUACUUCCAGGGUCUCAGCUACCCAGAGCAAGAGGGCCAGCCGGUACCCAGCCUCACACCCAGGGGCCAAUCCCGUGCCUUCCCGCCAAGUGGUGGCAGCAGCCUGCUCUUCCCCACCGUGGUGCACAUGGCCCCUCCUGCCCACGUAGAGAGUGGCAGCACCUCCAGCUUCAGCUGCUACCAUGGUCACCGUUCUGUGUGUAGUGGCUACCUGGCUGACUGUCCUGGCAGUGAUAGCAGCAGCAAUAGCUCUGGCCAGUGCCGCUGCUCUUCCAGUGAUUCUGUAGUGGAUUGCACAGAAGUCAGCAACCAAGGUGUGUAUGGGAGCUGCUCCACCUUCCGCAGUUCCCUCAGCAGCGACUAUGACCCCUUCAUCUACCGCAGCCGGGGGCCUGCUGUGCAUCUGGAGGGCUCCCCACCACCAGAAGAGCUCCCAGCAGCACACAGUCAAGGUGCUGGGCCAUGGCUAGGCCCUGCCUCUCCCUCAGGGGACCAGCUGUCCACCUGCAGCCUGGAGAUGAACUACAGCAGCAACUCCUCGCUGGAACCCAGAGGGCCCAAUGGCUCUACCUCAGAAGUGGGGCUCGAGGUUUCUCCUGGGGCCACUGUGGACCUCAGGAGGACAUGGAAAGGGGGCCCAGAGGGACCAUCAUGUGCUUGCUGCUUUGAGCCCCAGCCUUCCACCCUGGGCUCUGGGACAGGGACAACAGCAGGUGGUAGCACCUUAUUCCUGGGUCCCCGGCUUCUUGAGGACUGCAACCCUACAAGUGGGGAGCCACAACCAGGGAGCUCCCAGGGCCUGUAUGGCCUUCACUCAGACCAUUUUCCCAGGACAGAUGGGGUGAAAUAUGAGGGCCUGCCCUGCUGCUUCUAUGAAGAAAAGCAGGUGGCCCACAGUGCUGGCAGAGGCAGUGGCUGCUAUACUGAGGACUAUUCGGUGAGUGUGCAGUACACACUCGCUGAGGAGCCCCCACCCAGCUGCUAUGCAGGGGCCCGGGACCUGAGCCAGCGCAUCCCCAUUAUUCCAGAGGAUGUAGACUGUGACUUGGGCUUACCCCAAGACUGCCAAGGGAUGCAAAGCCAGAGCCCCUGGGGUGGGACACUGGGCUUGGACGUCCCCCGACUCCACUGGAAUCUGGGGACAACCCGGGAAGAGGAGCAGGCUCCAUGCUACCAAGCCAAGGUGCAGCCUGGCUGCUCUCCAGAGAAGCCAGAUGCUUCCAGGGCUAGCCUCUCCAGUGUCCCCCAGGACACUCAGGAGUCCUAUGUCCUGACUGCUGAGGGUUCAGGUGAGAGCAGAUGACAGUAGGUAUUUGUAUAAGGGUCCUCUUCUCAGGCCUUUUUUGUUUGGCUUCCUCUGUGCCCUUGGCUUCUAUUCCUGAUGACUUUCAAACAUUGCUUCUCAGCCCUGCCCAUCCUCAAACCCUUUAUCCAUGAUGUUGGUACUCUUUCCCUCAGAGGCUUCACACCCCAAAAGCAUAUCUCAGUUUCAUCAACUAUUCUGCAUCCUGUGGUCCCCUUAGUCCAUCCUGUACCUAUUAGAGAACAGAGCCCUCCUGACAGACCUCGCUGCACUUGCCUGCUGUCCCACUUGGGAGGCCUGAGUCACCAUUCUUACAUUAGAAAUGCUGUAAUGACUUGCAGUUACCUUUGUAAGAUGUCUCCUGUUGUGUGUUCUGUUUUUUGUUUUGUUUUUGAGACUGGUUUCUCUGUGUAGAACAGGCUGGCCUUGAACUCAAAGAUCUCCUUGCUUCUGCCUCCUGAGUGCUGGGAUUAAAGGCCUUCUCUCACACCGCCUAGCAUAAGAUGUCCUCCAAGUGGAGCGGCUCCUUUUGGUCCUGCAGCAUGUCAGGUUCAUUUCCAUCUUCAGAUCUUAGCUAAACAGCCUUUUUUUCCCCAUCAGUAUCACUCUCACUUCCUCUGUUAUCUCCUAAGUCACGUCAAGGCAGGCACCUCUUGGGAAGGUCUGUGUGAUCUGUGAGGGGUCAUCCCUGUUCUUUCAGUGCCACAGGGUACUUACUUAACCUCACUUCGACAUUACAUUUUCAUAACAUCUUAGGGCUUGUGGAAGACUGUUUAGCCAAACAAGGGAGACCUGCCUCCACCAGAGACAACUAUGUUCUCAAUGUAAACUUGAGCUUCUCAAGAAAGGGGCCAUUGCUGCCCCCCGUUAUCACGCACAUAGUCUACCCACCAUUGUGAACUGUCGCUUCGAAGAGCCCCAUAGGCAGAGGAUAGGGAUGCUCAAGGCCCUUACCUCAUACAUACUGCCCAAAGCCUGCUGUGCCAGCUCUCCACACCCUUGGUGACUGUUCUCCCUCUCUCUCCCAGGACCAGGAUCUGGCCCAGGCAUCGGUACGGGAGCUUGAGCUCAGAAGGAACUCUUAUGUAGAAAUUGUGAACUGUAUGAAGACUUCAAAGUCUGGCUUCCUUCAAAACGUGUGUGUGUGUGUGUGUGUGUGUGUGUGUGUGUGUGUACAUAUACAUGUAAAUAUAUGUAUAUAUACAUAUACACAUACAUGCAUGUAUACAUACAUACACACACAUACAUAUAUUUUAGCUUUGACAAACAUAAAAGUGGUAAUAAAGAGCCCUCUUCAACCCAAAAUGUGAGCCACCUGUGGCAUCCCUUCCCCAUUAACAAACCAACAGACAAAAUCCCUUGAGUUCUUUGCCUCUUUAAUAAUGUGUUGUUCUGUUUUGUAAUGUAAUGUGUGCUUGGGUUUCUGAGGUGUGUGGGAUUGAGUUCUAUGCUUUUUUUUUUCUAAGAUAUUAUAUGUAAAUGUAAAAAGUUAUUUAAAUAUAUAUUUUAAAGAACCCUAACCACCAACUUUUGUUUAAAAAAAAAAGAAAAAAAAAAUCACUGUUGCAUUAAAUGAACCACAUCUUGUGUUGAUACUGCCGUCUCCCUGGAGGGACCUCAGGCCUUUGAAAAGCUCAGGGUUACACCUGCCUUAUCGAAAAUGAACCAGAAACUUGAAGUAAAAAGCUAGUUGAUAUGGGUACAAACUCCGAGGAACAAUACAAAGCUGCCUCUUCCUUUUUCCCUUUUUUGAGGCAAAUCUGGACUUCGGGCUUUUGGGAAGCCACACCUCUCAGGCCCACGCCUGUAGGCAGUAAUGGAAACUGCUAGGAACGGGAGGGAAAGGAGAGGUGUCAAACCAUUAUUGCCUAGGCCCCAGUUUGUUAGGGACAGGUCCACCCAUUCUCUUCUGUUCCUUUAGGUCAUCAUCCCAAAUGAGAAUAAAAGUCACAGUCUAUCGCAGCAGAAUCUGUGACUGUGACCAGCCCCAUUAUGAGGCUCUCUUGCACUCUGAUCACUGGAUAGGAAAGAGGCUCUCACCCUCACUGUCAGCCUUGGAGUCUUCUGUAAAGUCAUUUUGAGCUUGAUGCCAUCAGUUGCAGAGGUGAUUUGAAUGGGGUGUGAGGGGCAGACACCCGGAGGAAUGUUGCUUUGUGGCCUUGGUGGCCUGUGGGACUGGAGGAACAAGCUCUCUCACCCAGCAGUAGUGCACCACCCCUCGAAGAAAGGCAUGCUGGGGCACACCUCUGCCCAUAGGCCUUGGGCAGCCAUACCCCUCAGCUGUUGUCCCCCUUAGGUUGCCUUUUGGGCGGUCUCAUGCUUUAGUGUACCACAGGGGUACACUAAACUCCAUUUGAACCAAUCUCCCAUCCCCAGAAAUGCAGCUUUGGGGCUCUUCAGUCCUCAGCCUGGUGGCUGCAGUGGCUCACCCUGCCAGCAGAUGUCUGCUAGACUCUCUGCCGGAUGCACUAUUAUGCACUGAUUCUCCGAGAGACAGACUAUCAGAUAGUUCAGACCCAAAGGGUAGGAUUUUGUAUAUUUUUUCCAGCCUCUUUUUUAAGGGGGAAGAGUUUUUGUUGUUGUUUGUUUGUUUGUUUGUUUGUUUUGUUUUUUAAAAAAAACCCAAACCAUUUUUGGUUGUUUCUGUUACUGUUUUUCAGAUGUUUUGUUUGUUCUUAAAAGGGAGAGAGAAUCUAUUUAAAACUACUUCAGGGAUUGUAAUCCUUUUUGUUCAAUAUGGUCCUUGUUCUUGAAAAUACUUUCUUUUCCUUAGAGGAAACUAACCGCCUUGGCCCUGUGUUCGCUAAAUCUUCUGUUCACUUCCACUCAUUCAUUUAGCGAUGUCUUGCCGUCAGGAAGAGUUUGGCCCAAUGGGUCUGAAAGCUCAGUUACAUAAUGGGGACCACCUAGGUUGCCAGAGAAAGAAAUGACCCCUCUUCCAGUCAGACUCCCAAGAAGUCAUCCCAGAGGCCAGAGUGCACAUUUUGAGACUUCCAGAAUACUUUGUUCUUUAAAUUCCCAUCCUAAGAUGAGGACAUUUACUUAUUUCUAUCCCAAAUCUGACAGAAGUCCCCAUAUCAGAUGAUCCAGCCAUUUGCCCUUUAGGAAGUAGCCAUGGUGAGAUUUGUCCUUCCAACCAGCUCUGGGGGGUGGGUCCCUUGAGGGAGGAUCCCCCCCCCCCCGGACUAUGCCCAGUGCACCUGUUGGCGAGGGUGUGAGAAGGGCCCAAACCAUUGACAUGUGAUCAGGGCUGCCUUUAUUUCUGGGGCCGGAGGUAGCAGCUGCAAAGAACAACAGCUUGCCUCCCUGUGCAGAGGGAAUGGGGAUACAGCUUUUAACAUGAACUGCAAAGCACAGCUCAUUGUUGAGGUCUUUGUUGUUUGUGGUUUUGCUUUUUUGUUUUUGGUAUCUGUGUGUGCUGAAACAGACCCCAGAAAGGCUUGCCGUUGCGCUGCCUGGCUAGGAAGCCACUUCUCAGCACUCUUACUGCAUAGAUGAGUAGGGAAUCUGAAUGCCACUGGAAGAAGUCAGACAAGUCCAGCUACCCUCUGAAAGAAGGCUAUUGGCAGGGGACAAGCACUUGUGAUUGUUGUAGUUUGGGGAUCUAGAAACAAUUAUCAGCUUUGUAUUGCUUCAUCAGAUCAGAAUAAAACCACCUCUCAGCUAUCCUGUGUUACCAGUUAAAUCCACAGAAAUAAUGUCUGUGGCUCUAACACUGGUGACAGGCACCCUCUUCUGGGGAGGGGGAGGGGGAAAGGAAUGUCGAUAGUGUGUGAUAAUUGUAUAACCAUGGACAAGGAGCACCACACUUUUCCCCUGGGGACCUCUAUACCAUCUAAGUGUGUAAUACCAAGUGUGAGCUGGGUACCAGUCCUGGCUAUAAAACAGCCAGAUCAGCUCAGAUUUUAGAAUCAGAUAAAAAUGGAAGUUUAGGCAUUCUGAUCCAUGAGGUAUGCGCCUCUGUGGUCGCAGUUCCAGUAGCUGACCGUCCCCUCUCCUCUAAGCCCAGACCAUUUGAUUAGGUUCUGUCUUCUAUGCUGUGGUUCAGGCCCUCCCCGACGUGCUUCUGGUCUCAGGGUUCACACAGGACUAAUGCUUUUUAAAUGUGGUCUAUAAAAGAAUUAAUUGAAAGUAUCAUCUUUGAAGCUGAUCUGCCUUUUUCUAUUUCUUACAUAAACUGUAUUGUUUUGGUCUAAUAAGACACUAUUUUAAUUUUUUUUUUUUUAUUUCUCCCAUAGCACUUAAUAUUUUGUAAAGACUUUGUGAUAAAAUGGUCUAAGGGCUCUCUUUCAACAUUACCAUUUUAAAAACUGUUUUAAAAGCUAGAAAACAACUUAUGUAUAUUCUGUAUAUGUAUAGCAGCACAUUUCAUUUAUGGAAAUAUGUUCUCAGAAUAUUUAUUUACUAAUAUAUUUAUCUUAAGCCAUGUCUUCUGUUGAGAGUGUGACAUUGUUGAAAUAAUCAUUGAAAAUGACUAACAAGGCCCUGUAAAUACAUGAUAAUUGCACACAGAUUUUACAUAUUUGCAGACCAAAAAUGAUUUAAAGCAAGUUGUAGUCUUAUAUGGUUUUGUAACAAAUUGUACAAAUGACUGUAAAAAAAAAAUACAUUUUUAUCAAGUA